GUGCUAUAGUGAUUGCGGAUAAUGCUACAUUCCAUGGAAAUAUAUCAACUAGAAAUGUUACAUUACAUGGUCUAGUAAACAACGUAAACAUCACAAAACUAAAUGAAGAUGCAGUUUCCCAUGAUUCUAAUCUCACAGUUUACGGAAACAAAGUUUUUACUAGAAACACCUCUGUCGAUGGUUGUGUGUUUGUCGAAGGUACAGUUAAUGGCGUGGACAUAGAUCAUUUGUACCAUGAGGCUGUCACUUUGUCAGAUGAUGAAGUUAUCAGAGCCGACCUGGAGUUUAUAUCUGACGUGAAUUUUACCCACAACGUUUCAGUGAUUGACACUGUCAAUGGACUACAUCUGUAUGAAUUUCUUGGAAAUCUUGUGUUUACAGACACAAAUGAAACCAUUAUUGGCACAAAAAUAUUUUUUAGUGAUGUUGUGAUUGACAGUAAUCUUAAUGUCACUGGACUACUUAAUGAAGUUGAUUUACGGGAACUAGAUAGAAGCCAUUUAUCAAGACACGAAGACCAGGCAAUUCCCGGAGAGCAGGAAUUCCUCCAGAAUGUUUCUGCAGAUGUAUUAACUAUUGGAGACGAUGUUCUUAUUGACGGUGUCAACAUCUCAAAAGUUAUCUUGAUUGAUAACGACAAUGAUAUCGACGAGACUUUAGUGUUCUCAAACAUUGUAAUUGAUGGUGACCUGAAUGUUGGUGGUUACAUAGGUGGAUUCAAUAUCACUGAGUAUGAUGGAAAAGCUGUUCGUGUGACUGAUUCGACUGUUUUUAUUAGUGGUCUAAAAGAGUUAUAUAACAUUACAGUAUCUGGUGAUUUGGACCUCAUCGGUACUGUCAAUGGAACAUUUCUACCAGAUAUGUUUGAUAAUACAUUUGGUAAAGAAAAUCUAACUUUGGUAUCGCCAGUGGUGUUUGAAGAUUUCCUUAUCAUUGAAGAAAAUGCAUGGUUUAAUGGGCUUGUCAACGGAGAAAACAUUUCUUUCUUAUUACAAGAUGCGGUUCUUUAUUCAGAAGCAGUCGUGAUAAGCGGAAACAAGAUUAUUACUGGGGAUGUUGGAAUUGACAAUCUUGUCAUCAGUGGAGAUUUUAAUGGGAAUCUAAUUUAUGAUAACUUGACGCUAAAGGAAAUUUUAAACCAUCUUGUUCUCCGGUCGGAAAAUGCAUCUAUCCAUGGAAGUGUUGUAUUUGAACAAGAUAUUACAGUAAAUGGCGAUAUUAGUGUUUUAGGUUUUAUUAAUGAGUUUAUCAUACCAGACGAUUUUGUUCUGCAAAAUGCGACGCAGACUCUGGCAGGUGAAAACAACUUCAUGGGUGGAAUUACAUUUGCCGCAAAUGUAAGUGUUACAAAUUUAGUGGACACGGCAGAUCUGGACUAUAUUGCGGCAAAUAUGGUUACAUUAUCAACCGAACAGUUGAUAACAGGAACGUGGACUUUAGCGACUGAUGUCAGCGUAAGGGGUAGCACGUCUGUUACUGGUCUUAUCAAUGGAUUCAACAUACAUACUGACAUAGUGACAACUUUUGGAGAACAAACCAUUUAUGGUAGCAAGACAUUUACAGGCGAUCUGGAUGUCCUGAACGACAUGUUUACUACAAGUGGCAAUAUUAACAAACUUCCUCCAAAAUGGUUCCAUGAACACGUAGUAGUGGAACAUGUAGCUAGUCAAAUUUAUGGCCAUAAGGUAUUUACAGAUGAGGUGUAUUUUGCUAAAAAUGUUACAGUACUGGGAUACGUUCUGGGUGUUGAUUUGUCAGAGAUGAUGAAUAAUUUCGAAUUACAUAUGGAGAAGGUCGAACACGAGCUCAGAUUGAUCAACGAGUCACUAAGUCGUCAAUGUCGACCAAUAUAUUUGCUUGAGGAGGCAUAUAAAGAAUGUCAAGCUGUACAGUUAAGUCACUUUGAAGACUAUCAAACCAUUAAUAGAACCAACGUUGCAAGAAUUGCUGUAUUACCUUAUGAAGACACCUUGUUAUUAAGUCUCGUCGACAACCAAUUGUCUCAUCACUGCUUGGAGUCUUCAGUCUACAUGUACAACGCUGAUGAAAACGAUUAUUUUAAGGUUAAUGACUUGAUUGCAUCUACAAGUGCGAAAAUGUACUCAUUCAGUUAUCCAAAUCAAACAUUCGUGGUUUUACCUGGAAGUGUUCAAUCCGCUUAUUGUCCCGAAGGAAUAGACUAUAACGGAAUUACACGUGUGUACCGGAUAGAUGAAUAUCGUUUCAUAGCCAAUAUAUCAUCAGAAACACCAGUUGAUACAGAUAUGAUUGACAUAGAUGGUGAUAUAUAUUUGUCAAUUGCAAAUUCAGAAGACACUCUUACAGGUUCAAGUAUUGUAUCGUCAGCCCUAUAUCGAUAUGCUACGUUCGACGAGGAAUUUGUUAUCCAUCAGACUUUUGAAACAAAAGGUGCUUCAACUACGCUUUUUAUAAAGCACGGCGAUAACGAUCCAUGGCUAGUUUAUGCAAAUAAAUAUGAUAGUGAGUUGGAUUCUGGUUCUACAACUACUGAUAUAUACCAAUGGAAUUCUACUGAAUCUAAGUUUCAGAUUCAGCAUCAAAUAGCUGGUGAAUGUAUAGUAUCCGUAGUUAGCAUAGUUGUAGAUGAUGAACCGUGUGUAGUAGCCGCCUCGGAGAGGAGCAGUGAUGAUUUUAGUAACUACUAUAUGCCGGUAACAACGGUCUGUCACGAAAAUGGACUGUGGACUGUAAAGAAUACGUUAGAAGGAGAAGGUGUUAUAGGACUGGAUGAGUUCAGCAUAGAUGGAACUCCAUAUCUUGUCGUCGUCAGCCGGUUCCAUAAAAUAUUAGUGUAUAGCUGGUGUGGGAUUAGUGGCUUUGAGUUGCAACUCACUAUUCCAUACAGUAACGUCAACAGCGUCUACAUGUUCGAAUACCAGAGUAAUCUGCUCAUGGGUGUAACCCGUACAAUAGUGAAUGAAAUUGCGGAUCAACUAGAUGAACCUCAAAUUCUUAAAGGCAUUAUUAAUGGUUUAAAAGAAGACACUGUGAUUGAAGCGUGAUGGCAUCGUCAAAAAACAAUGAAUAAACAAGUCGAGGCAUUUCGAUUUUUGUAAUUGCACAUUUAUUAACUAAUGCAUAAAUAUUAUCUACAAUUGUUCUAUCGGAAAUUUGUAUUUUCAAUUCCAGCGAAUCCUAAUAACGUGUGUCAUCCUACUGAUACAGACGAUACCUGUGUUAUUAGCAUACUAGAAUAUAAUGAUUGACAAUAGAAUAGACGGAUGUAUAUAUUUGAAUUAUAUGUAUAUAAUGUUUAAGGAAGACACUGUUAUUGAAGUCUUGACUGCUGCGGGAUGGCAUCGUAAAAACAAUUUGAAAUAAACUGAAGAAUUUCG